AUGCUACUUAAGCGAGUAAUACGAGUGGAUCACUUUGAACAGUACAAAGUUCCAAAGUACAAGGAGAACGCAGAUGAAAAGUCGAAGCGAUUGUGGGAGAAGGGUUGUGCUCCAAAACCUAUACGAAGAGCCGAAAUAGAUAUAUGUUUUAACAUGGUUUUUUUUGCUGUUAUAUUUCGGCUUUCUUAUUGGCACGAGUAUCAACCAAAAAAGAGCAAGAAUACUGAGAUUGACACGGAUAGUGCUAUUGUGUCGUUAAAGGUAGCUUAA